CUGGACUCGAGGAUAUCCACACGGCUCGUCAGUGUGGUCCCGACAGCCGCCCGCGACGCGCGUGCCGCCCAACGCCGCCCGCUCCAAAACGAAAGUGAUGCCGUGUACAAUUAAAACUAACUAGUGAUUUGUGAUAACUGUAUUGUAAUCAGCUGUUUUCAUUGUGAACGAAACAUAAUCUACCACCAUGCCGCUCCAAAUCCGAAGAAAUCGUUGCUCCUCGUUCAUGCGGGACAACCUGCUGACCAUUCUGACAGUCAUCGGUGUUGUCUCCGGCACGAUCCUGGGCUGUGGUCUCCGAGCGUCAGGCCACGAGUGGUCGCGCCGAGAUGUCAUGUACUUCCAGUACCCUGGGGAGCUGUUCUUGAGGAUGCUGAAGUCGCUGAUAGUGCCUCUACUGGUGUCCAGCAUUGUGUCUGCUAUAGGAUCUCUCGAUUUGAGUCUGUCUGGCAAGGUUGGUCUCCGCGCGAUAAUCUACUACAUGACGACGACGAUAUGCGCCGUGAUGCUGGGCAUAGCGCUGGUCACCACCAUCAAGCCGGGCAAGGAUCCCGAGGCGUACACGCAGCCCAACGCUACCAAGGUGCUGGUGAAGGAUACUCUCACUUCUGACACAUUGCUGGAUUUGAUCAGAAAUGUGUUCCCGGAGAAUCUUGCGCAGGCGACGAUCGCAUCUUACCGCACGCGGCUGGUUUAUGAUCAGAACGACACUAAAAGUCGACUGGGUGAACUGGAAACCUACCAGAUCACAGGCGAGUACCAGAGCGGCAGCAACGUGCUGGGGCUGGUCUGCUUCAGCAUCGUGCUCGGCAUCACGCUCGGCAAGAUGGGCGACCAGAGCAAGCCGCUGCAGGAGUUCUUCCAUGCGCUGUCUGAGGCCAUGAUGAUUAUCACUGGAUGGGUUAUUUGGCUAUCACCCCUCGGAGUGUUCUUCUUAGUGACAGCAAAGAUUAUGGAGAUUGAAUCAUUCGCGGAACUAGUGGGUCGGUUGGGGCUGUACUUCAUGACGGUGCUGCUGGGGCUGUUCCUCCACGGCUUCGGGACCCUGAGCAUCCUGUUUAUCCUGGCUACUAAGAAGCUGCCUUGCCGUUAUAUCGCGAAGAUGGGACAGGUCAUGGCUACUGCUUUUGGUACUGCUUCUAGCUCAGCAACAAUGCCAAUAACGAUCGGUUGCUGCGACGACAUGGGCCUGGACCCUCGCAUCACGCGGUUCGUCAUUCCCAUCGGCGCCACCAUCAACAUGGACGGCACGGCGCUGUACGAAGCCGUCGCCGCCAUCUUUAUCGCGCAGCUCAGAAAGGUCGAGAUGUCGUUUGGCAAGAUUAUUGCUGUUAGUGUGACAGCGACGGCAGCGAGUAUAGGCGCGGCGGGCAUCCCGCAGGCGGGGCUGGUGACCAUGGUGAUGGUGCUGGACACCGUCAACCUGCCCGCCGAGGACGUCUCCAUCAUCCUCGCCGUCGACUGGCUGCUCGACCGAUUCCGCACAACGAUCAACGUGGUCUGCGAUGCGUUGGGCGCCAUCAUUGUGACGUCACUCUCGCAAGGUGACAUUGAGAAAACUCGCGCCAUCAACAACGAUAGGGAUGGGGCACCCUCACACGAACUUACCGAACUAGAAAAGGGCGACCAUUGAGCUAAAAACCGUAAAAAACGUCCUCAACUGCCUACCGCGGACUGAAUAACGAAUCAAGUUAUGAUUAAAAAAAAAUAUCUAUGGUCCGAGUAAUGGAAAUGAAUAUACAAGUACAAGAUAGGAGCUUUAAAUUCAGAUCAUAUCGAAAAAACCGAAUUGAUAGAAUGUGAAAAUAAUGCUUCUAAAUAAAAAAUAUUUCGGCAUAUUAAUUCUAAAAAUCGUGAACAAAAAGUAACUUCAUUAACCGUUUUUCGUUGUGUGACGAUAACUGUUACUGUUCAAAUUAAGUUACCGUUAUUUCUAGGACAAUAACGUUGCAGCUAAAACCCUUACUUGGUGAUGGGAUGUUUUGAGUAAGUAUUCUUCUGUGUACAAUACUGAUGUAUGAAUUUUAAUGUAUAUUAACGUCAAAUGAUGAAAUAAAUAAUAAUCUGAUUAUGACCAUCUGUUUCGUUUGUGAGUAAUGUUUGUAAAUUGACAUUUCUACGUGAUUUUAGAAACGUUUAUGAUUCUGCGCUCUCUCUACGGAUUUUCAGUUUAUAUAAAAUAUGAUAUUUUCAAUGUAUGAUAUUAUGAUAUUUACCAAAUGUCGGUUACCAAAGUGUUGUAUUAAGACAGUAUUUAGUUAAAUAUCGAUAUAAAUGUUAGAAGGAGCUUAUAAUGUGUGUUCUAAAUGUGCCAUUUUAUGUAGCUUUAAAGUAGCUGUCGUGAUAUCGUCUAGAAUUUUCGACUAUCUUUGUAAAUCUUAACUUCGAAUUGUUUUUUAUUUCGAGAUGAACUGUCCAGCUGUUUUGCUACUGGGUACAAAAUUCUUCCUGCCAUUACAAAGAUUUUGGAUAUACAAAAUUAACAAAAAUAAUAGUAACAUUUACACUUUAGUAAGAUAUAUUUCAGGACGAAAACUUUGGAGAAAUUUUGAAACAAUUUGUAGCUGAAACGUUCCAUCUAUUUUUGUAUGAAUGUACAUUAGUCGAAUGUAUUUUAUGUAUGUAGUACGUGUUCGUUUAUAAGUAGGUACUAUGAAUAUGCGCCAAAUUUUACUAACAUAACAACGAUAUUGUUAUAUCUCUCUUUAUUCAAAGUUUUAGAUUGAUUUCUUAGUACUUUUCGACAAUUAGUAUCUUCAUUGCGAAAAAGUACUUAAUAUCAUUGCAUUGCAUCGGUAUUAUUUAUCUAUAUCUGUUGAAACAAAACCAAUAAAAACAGGUUACAGGAGUAACCGUUACGUGAGGACUGCGACAGCCCUAUUUACAGCAGAUUUCAAUAACCGGUCCAUCUGUUGUUAUUCGAUCUCCGAUCGAAUUUUGACAUUAGCUUCAUACUAUGUUAAAUUUCAAAUUUCGUUAAAAACGGAUGGAUCGAUCAUUGUAAUCCGCAGAUAGCUGUUUCAAUCUCAUAUGUAUUAAUGGCAGUAAAAGCUUGUCAUGCUAUUCUGAAGAGAUUUUUAGAAAAAAAAAUACAGUGUUGUAAUGUUAAAGACAGCCUGCAUUCCAAUUUCGAAUGAAUAUGACACCUAGUGUUGGACUUCUAUUUAUUUACAUUUGUUAUCGAUUGUUUUUAUCGUUGAGAACGAUUUAAAAAUUACCGUUAGUAGUUUGAAAAGUUAUUUAUUUAUUUUUGCUGUUUCACCAGUUUUUGAUAUGACUAUGUUCUUGAGUUCUUAGCAAAUUCAUUUAUUUAUUUUAUUUUUUUAGACCAACUUGUUAUUGCAAAGUAAAAAGUUUUCAAUUUUGGUAACAUAAAAAAAUACUUUUUAUACUCAGAAUUGGUGAAACAGACCCUAAGUAGUGUAUGAGUUACUAAGUGAUUCUCUCAAGCAAUUUAAUUUAGUACUAGUUAUUCGAAUUAGUUACAACGUAAUAACUUAUAUGAAAAUAAUUUAUAUUAUCGACCACAGCAGAAGGAAAGUCAUUUAAUUGUGGCCAAAUAUUAGCUGUAAGGAUUUAUAGUAAGAUAUUUUACCGAUUAAAUAAUAUUAUAUAACCACAUUUAUGUACGUAGACGUAAUGUUCAUAAUAGUCUCUAGUCCGCACUUUAAUUAUUUUUAUUAGUCCGUCAUUGUAAUUUAUGUUAAAAUUUAAAUUUUAUGGAAUUAUUAUGAAACGAACUCUUUUUAAC